AUGAUGAUGAUGAAGAUGGCCAGGAGACGACCUCAUCAAACAUGUCUCAUUUCCUGCAUGUUCAUGUUCUUGUUCUUCUUCUCAAAUCAAACAUCUGCUUUGGACGAUGGCGAUGAGCAUCAACUUCAGCUUCUCUUGUCCUUCAAAGCCUCCAUCAACGACCCUCUAAACUUCCUCUCAGACUGGAACAAGACCACCUCGUCCAACAAUCCAUGCAAUUGGCAUGGCAUCACCUGCGACAACAACACCACCAUCAAAACCAUCGAGCUCUCCGGAAGAAACAUAUCCGGCAAACUGUCGUCCUCGAUCUUCCACUUGUCCCACAUCGAAACCAUCGACCUCUCGAACAACCAACUGGCAGGGCAGCUUCCUAAGGACAUGUUCGCCGGUGUGUCUAAUUCGCUUCGGCAUCUCAACCUCAGCAACAACAACUUCACCGGGGUCGUGCCGCAAGGCUCGGUCGCAUCUUUAGAGGUACUAGACUUGUCCAACAACAUGAUUUCAGGGCAAAUCCCGGACGGCAUCGGAUCGUUUUCGAGCUUGAAGUUUCUUGAUCUCGGAGGAAAUGUUUUGCUGGGGAGCAUCCCAAGUUCUAUAUCAAACAUGUCUAGCUUGGAGGACUUAACCUUGGCCUCAAACCAACUGUCCGGAAAAAUUCCAACCCAACUAGGCCAGCUAAAGAGCUUGAAGUGGAUCUACUUGGGCUACAACAAUCUCUCUGGACAAAUCCCAGAAGAGAUUGGCAAUCUUGUUCAACUGAAUCAUCUCGAUCUUGUGUUCAACAAGCUCACAGGCCAAAUCCCAGUCUCUCUCAGCAACCUCACUCAACUUCGGUACCUUUUUCUCUACGGAAACAAGCUCACAGGCCCCGUUCCACAGUCCUUGUUCGGGCUUGAGAAUCUCGUUUCUCUUGACCUAAGUGAUAAUUUUCUUUCGGGUGAGAUUUCUGAAAAUGUUGAUCAACUUCAAAACUUGGAAAUUCUUCACCUUUUUUCCAACAACUUCACCGGAAAAAUUCCCAGCGCUUUGGCUUCUCUGCCUCGGCUUCAAGUCCUUCAGUUAUGGUCAAACAAGUUCUCUGGCGAAAUCCCGAGACGUCUUGGAUACCGAAACAACCUCACUGUCUUGGACCUUUCCACGAACAGUCUCACAGGGAAAAUACCCAAUACGCUAUGCGACUCGGGUCGGCUUUUCAAGCUCAUCCUCUUCUCCAAUUCGCUCGAAGGCGAAAUCCCACGAAGCUUCUCUUCUUGCAAGAGCUUGGGCCGAGUCAGACUCCAGAACAACCGGCUUUCCGGGGAGAUAUCGGCCGAGUUCACCAAACUCCCGCUUGUCUACUUCUUGGAUAUUUCGGGAAACAAUCUCUCCGGCAGAAUCGGUGAAAGAAAGUGGGACAUGCCCUCACUUCAAAUGCUAAAUAUCGGGAGAAAUGGAUUUUUCGGGAACUUGCCGGAUAAUUUUGGAAGCGAAAAGCUGGAGAACUUGGACUUGUCAGAAAAUCGGUUUUCGGGGACUAUCUCGCCGAGUUUGGGAAACUUAUCGGAGCUAAUGCAAUUGAAACUUUCUCACAACGAGCUCUCCGGUCCCAUCCCGCAACAGUUAUCUUCAUGCAUGAAACUCGUGAGUCUCGACCUCAGCCACAAUCGCCUCACCGGUACGAUUCCAACCAGUCUUUCGGAUAUGCCGGUUCUCGGGGACCUUGACUUGUCCGAAAACGAUAUUUCCGGCGAGAUUCCGCGGAAUUUGGGCGUUAUAGAAUCACUGGUCCAAGUCAACAUUUCUCACAACAAACUCCACGGGACGUUGCCGUACACCCCGGCGUUUCUGGCCAUAAACGCGAGCGCGGUGGCCGGUAACGACCUCUGCGGCAGUGACACCACCACGAGUGGUCUACCGCCGUGCAAGAGCGUUAAGAGAAACCCAACUUGGUGGUUUGUGGUCACCUGUUCUCUUGUUGCUCUAUUGGGUUUUGGUGUUGCCACUUAUGUGCUUGUUAUAAUCCGGAGGAGAAACGAUUUGAAGGUAAAAACAGUGGAGGGCGAAGGUGGGAUUUGGGAACUGCAGUUUUUUGAUUCAAAGGUUUCGAGAUCAGUCACAAUUCAUGAUAUUUUCGAGGCAGCCAAACAGGGUAAUGUCAUUGCAAUGGGAAAGACUGGGAUUUCGUACAGAGGAGAGUCGGUUUUGAAUGGCAUGCAAUUUAUGGUUAAAGAAGAUACCAUGAAUUCAAUUCCACCUAGCUUUCGGUGUAAGAUGGUUGAGUUUGGGAGGCUUCGGCACCCCAAUGUGAUCAAAUUGAUCGGAAUAUGCCACUCCCAAAAGGGUGCAUAUGUGCUUUAUGAGUAUUGUGAAGGCAAAGUACUGAGCCAAGUUCUGAGGGAUUUGAGCUGGGAACAGCGCCGGAAAAUUGCCCUUGGGAUUGCGAGAGCUCUACGCUUCUUGCAUUGUCGUUGCUCCCCAAGUGUUGUUGCAGGUCGUGUGUCGCCGGAGAAGGUCAUCGUAGAUGCGAAAGAUGAGCCUCGGAUUCGAUUGAGUCUACCCGGAAUGGUUCAACCGGACUCCAAGGGGUUCAUUGCUUCUUCAUACAUUGCUCCAGAAGCUAAAGAAGGCAAAGGCAUCACAGAGAAGAGUGACAUCUAUGGAUUUGGGCUUGUCCUGAUCGAAUUGCUCACCGGAAAAGGCCCCGCCGACACGGAAUUUGGCGCGCACGAGAGCAUUGUAGAGUGGGCUAGGUAUUGCUACUCCGACUGUCAUCUUGACGUGUGGACAGACCCCAUGAUUAGAGGACACGUGUCGAGCAACCAGAACGAGAUUGUAGAAACCAUGAACCUAGCCCUUCACUGCACUGCUGGGGACCCCACCGCAAGACCAUGCGCGGAUGAACUGUAUAAAACCCUAGACUCUAUUAUAAGGACAAGUUCUUGUGUUUCUAGCCUAAAAGUUUCUUCACCUUUUUGA